ACUUCAGACGUCCACGAUUUCUUCUCUCCUUCACAAUUAAAAGCCCAUCACUACCUCUUCUUUCCUCCAACAACUCCCUCUUCAUACUCCUUCCAUGGCUUGCUUGAGCUUCAUCAUUGGCAUUAUUGGCAAUAUAACUGCUAUACUGCUUUAUGCUUCUCCAAUAAAGACUUUUUGGUGGGUGGUGAAGAAGAGAUCGACUGAGGGUUACGAUGGAAUUCCAUAUAUAUGCACACUAUUGAACACAUGUUUGUGGACUUUCUAUGGACUUCUUAAACCAGGUGGCUUGCUUCUUGCAGCAGUCGAUGGCGUAGGAAUCAUUUUACAGAUUAUCUUUGUGACUCUUUUUCUCAUCUUUGCUCCUAAGGAUAAGAAGAUUAAGAUGAUAUAUAUGGUGGUCAUCUUAAAUGUCGCUUUUCCUUUAUUGGUGAUUGCAAUAACGCAUCUAGUAAUCCAUGGUGCAAGCAAGAAACUUACCUUUGUUGGAAUUAUAAGUGCUGGAAUAAGCAUUGCCAAGUCUGCAGCACCUCUAUCAUCCAUGAAAACAGUGAUAAAGACUAAGAGCGUAGAGUAUAUGCCGUUUUCGCUUUCAUUUUGCGUAUUUCUCAAUGCUUGUGUCUGGGGCAUUUAUUCCAUGCUCAUCAAGGACAUCUUUGUCGGGGUGCCAAAUGUAUUAGGCUUUCUGUUGGGCUCAGUCCAGUUAAUCCUCUACUCAUUCUACAAGUACAAGUCAAAGAUGUUAGAAAAAUCAACAAAUGUGAUAAUAGAAGAAGGCCCUACCCAAAUUGUCAAAGGAGUCAUUGUGAUACGAGUGAAUGAUGAAGUGGUCAAUCCAUAGAAUGAGCAAGCCAAAGCAGCAUGUUAAAUGGCAAUACAAAAACCCAAAAGUCACCAAGAUUGUUUCUGUGUCUGUCCACUCUACUUGAGGCCAUGAAGAUAAUGCUAAAAUGGGACAAGGGCAUCACCCUUGAUUUUGAAGAAUGUCUUUUUUUUUUUUCUUUUUUCUUUUUUUCCGGUUAGUUAUAAUUUGUUAAAUUGUUUUUUUAAGUCUUCAGUUUUGUUAGAAUAAUUUUUAAGUGAUUAAAUUUGCCAUUUUUUACCAACUUAAGGAGAAUUGGUAAUUUAUCACAAAAUCAUAAUAUGUGGUUCUACAUUUGAAUCGUGUCUCUAUUCUACUUCUCAUUUGAAAGUUAAAAAUCUCAAAUGUUGAAUCUUACUUAUUAAGGAGAUUCUAGAUCCAUAUAUACAAGAGUGUUAGGAUAAUAAUUAAGUGCAUAAAUGCACAAUUUCUAAACAAUUUAAAUUUUUGAGAGAGUUGCUAAUUUAUUGAGCAUUGUUUUCUAUAAAGUCUAUAUUUUUAGGUUGGCAACCAUGAACAAAUUGUAACCUUUAGAACUUAGUUUUGUUUAGUGGUUUAGUCUAGAAAUAUUCUGAAAUAAAACAAAUGAAGUCUUGCACAAAUGGAGACUCAAGAAAUCAAGAAAAGAUAAGUGCAAAAAAAAAGACUCACUUAUCUUGACCGAUCAAGAUGCACAUCUCGACCGAUCAGGAUUUCACUUUCUUUCUUAGCCAUGGGAUCUAGGGUUUUGAUGGAACUUAAGGAUAUUUAAAUGAAAACA